CGAGAUUUUUUUUAACGUAGUGUUAAGUCGUCGUUGGGCUCGAUCCUCUUCAAAAAUAUUAAUAAUCAACAACUCUGUGAGUGGUCCAAAACAAACUUUGGUUUAAAUGCACUUUGCAGUGCUACGAAGGCGAAGAGAGCAUACAAUAAAUCUUAUGGACUUACAUUAAUGACGAGAUAUAGAAGUCUUUGCUAGCACGGGUUAACUAGGUCCUCUUUUACCGGUUUCCAUAGUGACAGUUUCAGUCGCAGUGACAAAUCUUAAACACUAAUAUGAGAUCGUGGGCUCUUUGCCAACUUGAUAGUUAUUCUUAUUUAAACUGAAUUAAAAGUGGUAUUGGAUCUGUCUGCAUCAAGCAAUCAGGAUGUCUGGGGACUUGGUGGGCGUUUGGGAAGUAGCGUUGAGCGAUGGCGUUCACAGGAUCGAAUUUGAGCACGGCACCACUACGGGAAAACGCGUCAUUUACAUUGAUGGAAAGGAAGUGGUGAGAAGGGACUGGAUGUUCAAACUUGUGGGAAAAGAGACUUUCACUGUUGGGGGCACGGAAACCAAAGCAACGAUAAACAUCGAUGCAGUCAGUGGCUUUGCUUACGAAUACACCUUGGAGAUCAAUGGCAAGAGCCUCAAAAAAUACAUGGAGAACAGAGCCAAAGUCACCAGUACGUGGGUGCUGAACCUUGAUGGUGUUGACUGCAGGAUAGUUCUAGAGAAAGACACGAUGGACAUAUGGUGCAAUGGUCAAAAAAUGGAGACUGCGGGCGAGUUUGUGGAGGACGGCACGGAGACGCACUUCACCGUGGCCGACCAUGACUGCUGCAUCAAGGCCGUGAGCAGCGGGAAGAAACGGGACGGACUGAUCCACACCCUGCUGGUGGACGGGGUGGAGGUGACCGAGUCCACCGAGUGAAAAGGACAGGGGUGGCGGUGGCGUCGCAAUUCAAACUUCAAGAUGUCCCAACAUUCAAAAGCAUAUUCCUCCCAAGAGCAGGCCCGCUGCAUUUUACACCAGCAGAAAAGCAAGCUGUAUUUAUUAUUGUUUUUAAAAAAAUCAGAAAUGUAGUUUAUAUGUAAUUUUAUACAUGUAGUAUGCGUUGAGGGGGAGGAACAGUCGCAGUCGCUGGUAGAUUUCAUCAGUUGUUUAAAUAAGCGUGGGAACGUCAAUGUGAUGCUAGGAGGGCUCAGCUCCACUUUGAGAAAAGAUCCUGUUUGACUCCAAGGAUUUGCAAGGUUUUUUUUUUUGUUGCAAUAACCAGCAUUCCAGAGGAAGUGCACUUUCUGCUGUUACAUUAUGUGCUGUGAAUAGAUCCUAGGUCCAGGAUGACAUGCUUAUAGUGGCACUAUAAACCUAGUCGAACUCCUAAUGGAGGCGUUUCAGUGAAGCCCGUAGCUCAAAGUCACUGCAGCAGUAUGUUGCAUUUGAACAUGAAUUUGACAACUCCCUGGUGCAGAGCCAGUGAAAUUGAACCACUACUUCACAAAUACAUUUUCUGUGUCCUUUUAUGCUUGUACAUUGGCACUAUGCGUACUAUACAAUCUACAAAGUCUGUCAUGAAAACAUGCCUACUUAGUUGAAAGAUUUACAGUCGCCUCAGGGCAAUGUUUAUGUAACUUAUUCUUAUGUACUAGAUUGUUUGCGUGUCAUCUCAGGUCCUGGGAGAUACAUUCGGUUUCUAUAUAAAAGACAUUACAAAAUAAAACAUCAACAUCUGUGAAAAGUAAA